UCUUGUAAAAUUUCCCGCGGCUUCGAAUUCUUCGACGAUCACUAUUUAUACUAUUUCUUCACUCCCGCCGCUUCAAGUCUUCUCACAGAAGGAGAGGCACCCAGCCUUAACCUAAUCUUUGCUCUCAGUCCAAUCCCUUUCGAUUUACUGCAAGUGCAGACCUUCACAGACGGUUCAACACUCCCUCCGAGAUUUCCCUCCCACCGAGGAGUUAGAUUUUUCGAAAUGCAGGACACGGCAAGCCCUCAUCUGGAGACGUUCCUCGGCAUCCGCUUUCUUAUCAGUGGCGUCGAUCCUUCCGAUCAGGUUCGAUCCGAGCUUUUGAGUCGCGGCGGAGUUGAGGCUCAGGAUUUUACUCAUCUAAUAGUGGACAAUAAUACUAUAUACGAUGAUCCGGCCUGUGUUUCUGCAAGAAAUAAUGGGAAGACAGUGGUCACGAAGUUAUGGGUCGAUCAUAGUUCUCAUUUUGGAUUGGUUGUCGAUUCAACUAAAGUGGGUGCUCUUUUCUCCGCUAUCUGCUUUUGUUAUGCUUCAAAACUGAAUCUAUGGCCUGGCUUGGAUGUAACGAUGGCUGCACUGGCCAUUUGUGUGUAUUUACUAUUUAGUGCUGUUACUAUGGUUCGCCUCAUGGGUUCGCAGUUUUCCAAGAUCUUAGUGUCCCACGAAACCACUCAUCUCAUAUGCUAUAAAAAUAAAGGUCCAAAAUACGACGUUGCACGUAGGUACCAGAUAAAGAUUGUCAAUCCUCGGUGGUUGGAAGAUUGCUUGAGGACCUGGAAGCUCCUCCCAGAAGAUGAAUAUAGUAAGAGUGGCCAUGAGAUGGAAUUGAUGGAAGCUGAAGUCAGGGAUUCAGAAGAUGAUGUGUCUGAUGGUACCUCUCUCAAGCUGCGUACCAGCUGCAUUGUAAACCAAAGCCCGCAGAUUAGGAGAAAUGCAUCUCCAAAGACCAGCAACUUGUCGGAAUCAAUUUCUGAAGUACCUGCAGUGCCGGUAGGGCCUGAUGGUUUCUUGAAUGUCCACAAUGAGACAUUAACCACUCCGGUCACUAAGAGAAAGGUGGAUACAACAUCUCAUUUAACAGAUCCCUCUGGUAGAACUCCAGGUUCUGCAGAGGCGGCUGAUAAGAUAGACGCUGUCUAUAUGAGUGUUGAAAAACCUUCAGAUUCUAAUAUGAAGUCGAGCGUUGCUCCAGUAGAUGGGGAAAGAGAACUUAUAGUUGAUCAAAGGAUCGAUCUCAAGGGUAAGUCUGGGUUUACUGAUGAUGAGAACGGGCAUCCUGAUGAAGCAUUUGAUCAAAGUGAUGUACUUGUGAAAGAGAUGAUGGAUACGGUCGGUUUGGCAGCUAUAGAAAAGGAAUUCCAAGAAGUUCAACAAAUGGAGAAAAAUUCCAUUGACUCUGAAGUGGAUCAUGCGGUGGAGGAUCCACAAGAGAGAGAUAAAUCAAUCUCAGAACAAGAUGGCGAUACAAAGACCAGUGAAACUCAAUGGCUACCUUCAAGUAAGAGCAAGAGAAAGGCAGUUGACAGUGUUAAUGAUAAUUCCUUCAACUCUAGCAAAGUGACGGGGAAAGAAGAGCAGCAUGCUGCAGAAGGCAUACUCGAGAGAGAGCCACCUGCAAGUUGUCUUCCAAGUGUCAAGAAGAUAUCUAGGAAAAGGACACACCGCACUAUGGAAGCGGUCAAGGAGAACAAAGCUGUCGUUGAAUCACAUAGUACUGGAAGCAAGGCUGGAAAGCAUGUCGAAAUGUGUAUGACGACAGCCAAUGGUGGUGAUCAGUUAGCUUCAGAAGGCAAACCUGCUUCUGCAGGUGGAGAAAUCUCCAGCCAUGUUGAGAGACAACGAAUGUGCUUCAUGUCGAGUGGGCAGAAUAGGCCGCAGAGGAAGGAGCUUAGGAAUGCUAUAAAAGAUAUGAAGGGGCAAUCUUUCCUGAACUCUCACCAGUGGUCAAACCAGGUAACUCAUUUAGUUGUUGCCGAUCCUCUCCGCAGAACAGAAAAGGUCUUCGCUGCUGCUGCCUCUGGGAGGUGCGAGAUUUCUCUUUCACCUAACUAAGUUGGAUGAUUAUUCAGCGCCAGUUAUUUCAAGAAUAUAUUCCUUGAAUUUGUAGUUCAACUUUAAUUUGAGUUAGCGGUCCAGUCCGACAAAAGAGUGAUGUUACUUGCAGGUGGAUUCUCAGUACAGACUAUCUGUUGGCAUGCUGUAAGGAAGGAAGGUUUCUUCCCGAGGAGCCUUAUGAAUGGCACAAGAAAGGGGUUAAUAAAGACGGCUCUAUAAAUUUAGAAUCCCCCAGGAAAUGGCGACUGCUAAGAGAGAAGACAGGGCACGGUGCAUUUCAUGGUAUGAGGAUUGUCAUUUAUGGAGUAUGCAUCGACCCUCCUUUGGACACACUGAGGCGAGCAGUGGAGGCAGGCGACGGGGAGAUACUGGCAACCGCCCCACCUUACACCCAUAUCCUCAACUCGCAGAGGGUCGACUAUGCCAUCAUCUCCCGUGAAACCCCAUUUGAAGACGUCUGGGUACAAGAGUUUGCAAGGCUCGAGAUACCCUGCGUCACAGCUGAUUACCUGGUGGACUAUGUGUUCAGAGCUGGCUCCUCGCUGGACAAGCAUGUUCUCUUCGACAACCAGGAAUGGGCAGCCAAGUCUUUCAGCAACCUGGCGAGGAAGGCAGAGGAGAUCGUCAACCCUGCAGCAGCUUCUUCGCCCAAGGCACAGAAGCGGAAGAAGGAGACGUCCAGCUGAUUUCAAUCAAGGGAAACUUGGGUUGAUUUGUUUCCCUAUGUUAUAAACACUUUUGUUUAUUUAACUAGGAGGGUUGGUUUCUUCUAUGUUCAAGCUCGUGAACUCUUUAGAAACUGCUUUUUAAUGGUACACAAUUAAACAAUCGUGUAGCAGCCCG